GCCGGCCGCGCGCGGCUCGCCCUGCCGCCAGUCUGCGGGCGCUGCGGGGCGGAGGAGCGCGGCCAUGGCGGCGGCCCCGGCGGAGGCGGAGACCCGGCAGCGGCUGCUGCGCACCGUCAAGAAGGAGGUGAAGCAGAUCAUGGAGGAAGCUGUGACAAGGAAGUUUGUGCACGAGGACAGCAGCCACAUCAUCUCCUUCUGUGCUGCUGUGGAAGCCUGUGUCUUGUAUGGGCUGAAGCGGAGGGCGGCUGGAUUCCUGCGCAGUAACAAGAUAGCAGCUCUGUUUAUGAAGGUGGGCAAGAGCUUUCCUCUGGCAGAGGAGCUUUGCAAGAAGGUGCAAGACCUGGAGCAGCUUAUUGAGAAUGCACGAAAUCAAGUCCAAGGCAUCCCGGAGAACGUGCGCAAAGUGCCGAAGCUGCCCAACCUGUCUCCUCAAGCCAUCAAGCACCUCUGGAUCCGCACAGCCCUCUUCGAAAAGGUCUUGGAUAAAAUCGUGCAUUACUUAGUUGAGAACAGCAGUAAGUACUAUGAGAAAGAAGCUCUGCUGAUGGAUCCUGUGGAUGGGCCAAUUCUUGCAUCUUUAUUGGUGGGGCCCUGUGCUCUGGAGUACACCAAGAUGAAGACAGCUGAUCACUUCUGGACAGAUCCCUCAGCCGAUGAGCUUGUUCAGAGGCACCGGAUCCACAGCUCGCACUGUCGCCAGGACUCCCCGACCAAGCGCCCUGCGCUCUGUAUUCAGAAAAGACAUUCGAGUGGCAGUAUGGAUGACCGGCCAUCACUAUCUGCCAGGGACUACGUGGAGUCACUGCAUCAGAACUCCCGAGCCACACUCCUCUACGGCAAAAACAACGUCCUGGUACAGCCACGAGACGACAUGGAAGCAAUCCCGGGAUACCUGUCCCUUCACCAGACUGCCGACAUCAUGGCACUGAAGUGGACUCCCAAUCAGCUGAUGAACGGCUCUGUGGGGGAUCUGGACUAUGAGAAGAGCUUAAGCUCUAAAACUUCCCAGUGUCAAGAUGUGACCAAAGAAGAGAGGAGUCAGAUGACAAAUGUGUACUGGGAUUAUGCCAUGACUAUUCGCCUGGAGGAAAUCGUCUACUUGCACUGUCACCAGCAAGUAGACAGCGGUGGGACAGUCGUCUUGGUGAGCCAGGAUGGGAUUCAGAGGCCUCCGCUGAGGUUCCCCAAAGGAGGGCACUUACUGCAGUUCCUGUCCUGCCUGGAAAAUGGCCUCCUCCCCCAUGGGCAGCUGGAUCCGCCCCUCUGGUCGCAGCGGGGAAAGGGGAAGGUGUUUCCCAAGCUGCGGAAGCGAAGUCCCCAGGGUUCCUCCGAGUCUGCGUCCGACAAGGAAGAUGACGAAGCCACAGAUUAUGUUUUCAGAAUAAUCUACCCGGGAACACAGUCUGAGUUUGUUACCAUUAAUGGUAAUUUUCAUACAUUCCUUGCUUCUGUGAUCUCCGUCACUGCUGGGAGAGGGAAGAUCCUGAGGACUCCAGCUGCAAGCAAGAUGGUGGUGAUCCCCAAAUGGUCUCUGAGUCUCCUCACUGCGUCCCGACCUCCCCUUGCCACUUUGGGGGCUAUUCGGCAUCAGUUCCCCCAGGACCUGAUGGACACGCAGGGGGGUGGCCUGCCUCCCAUGUGGCAACCUAGCACCCGCAAGUCCUCCUGUUCCUCCUGCUCUCAGAGUGGUUCCUCUGAUGGUGGGCCAUCCAAUGGCUGCAGCCACGAAAGAGCCCCACUGAAGCUCCUGUGUGACAAUAUGAAGUACCAGAUCCUCUCCCGAGCUUUCUAUGGAUGGCUGGCCUACUGCAGACACCUGUCCACAGUGCGAACCCACCUGUCUGCAUUGGUUAACCACAACAUCGUGUCUCCUGACGUGCCCUGCAGUGCGAGCUCGGGACUGACUGUGGACAUCUGGCAGAGAUACCUGCAGGACAGCACGAGUUACGAGGACCAAGAGCUGCUGCGGCUGAUCUACUAUGGUGGGAUCCAGCAUGAGAUCAGGAAGGCUGUCUGGCCCUUCCUUUUGGGCCACUAUCAGUUUGGGAUGACGGAGGCGGAAAGGAAAGAGGCUGAUGACCAGAUCCGCGCCUGCUACGAGCACACCAUGGCAGAGUGGCUGGGCUGCGAGGCCAUCGUGCGGCAGAGGGAGAAGGAGUCGCACGCAGCGGCUCUGGCCAAGUGCUCUUCUGGGGCAAGUCUAGAUUCCCACAUUCAGAGGAUGAUGCACAGAGAUUCGACUAUCAGCAACGAGUCUUCGCAAAGCUGCAGCUCUGGCCGACAGAAUCACGCCCGGCUGCAGAGCGACUCCAGCUCCAGCACGCAGGUGUUUGAAUCAGUUGAUGAAGUGGAACAGACUGAAGCAGAUGCUCAGCUGGAAGAUGGCAAACAAAGCAAGAUCCCCAACGGGACGGUUCCCAACGGCAUGUAUUCCCCUGACUCUGGCCAUCCGUCUUCCCAGAACUUCUCCAUCACAUCGGGAUUCUCAGAACGCAGCUUCAGCAAUGAGGACAGUGCCCUGGAAACCAACAAAUCCUCAGCCAGUUCCCAGGGAAAGGCCGGCGGGUCUGACGUGCCAGCCCCGCAGAACUCGGACAGCGCUCUGCAGGAAGACAAGCUGCAGGGCCAAGACAGCCUGGAAGGUGAAUUUCCCACCGGUGGAGGCGUGGACUUUGUUCGAAUGGGUGAGAGCUCGGCGGGAGUGCUGCAGGCUCGUGGUGCUGUGGCCCUGACUGUGGUAGAGAGCUGGGCAGACAGCGAAGCUGAAAAGCAAAGCUUGGUGGAGAGUGAAGAUAACCUCUCUGAGGAGCCAGAGAUGGAGAGUUUGUAUCCACAGCUGGAUUCACUGGCUGUAACUGAUCUGGCUAACAAUGAAGCAUCUCCUGUCUCCUCGAUGGGUGUUACCUACUCUCCAGAGCUGCUGGACAUGUACACCGUGAACCUGCACCGCAUUGAGAAGGAUGUGCAGCGCUGUGACCGCAACUACUGGUACUUCACCCCUGCCAACCUGGAGAAACUGCGCAACAUCAUGUGCAGCUACAUCUGGCAGCACAUUGAGAUCGGCUAUGUGCAGGGGAUGUGUGACCUGCUAGCCCCUCUCCUGGUCAUCCUGGAUGACGAGGCUCUGGCUUUCAGCUGUUUCACUGAGCUUAUGAAAAGGAUGAAUCAGAAUUUCCCCCACGGGGGAGCCAUGGACACCCACUUCGCUAACAUGAGGUCCCUGAUCCAGAUUCUAGACUCUGAGCUAUUUGAGCUGAUGCACCAGAAUGGUGAUUACACUCAUUUCUACUUCUGCUACCGAUGGUUUCUCCUGGACUUCAAGAGAGAACUAGUGUAUGAUGAUGUAUUUGCUGUCUGGGAGACCAUCUGGGCAGCUGCACACGUUUCCUCUGCACACUAUGUGCUCUUCAUAGCCCUGGCUUUGGUGGAAAUGUACCGGGACAUCAUCUUGGAGAACAACAUGGAUUUUACAGACAUCAUCAAGUUUUUCAAUGAAAUGGCUGAGCGGCACAACACCAAGCAGAUCCUGAAACUGGCUCGGGAUCUUGUGUAUAAAGUCCAGACUCUGAUUGAGAACAAAUGAAGGACGUGGGGAAGAUGAGGCAUCCAGACGAAGAGCCGGGACUUCCCUUCAAUGCUUCCUCCCCCUCUCCUUUUUCUUGAAGUGCCACACCUGUGGAAAUAAGGUAGCUGGACACGUAUUGCUUUCUAAAGUGGAAGUACCCUUAGCUCUCAAAAUGCUGUGUUCAGUGUUAGGUCAGGGGGCCCCGGCUUCAUUCUUCUCAGCAUUCUUCAGUGACUUAACCAAAGAUCUGUACGAUUGCAUUUUAUUGUUAAAGACUUGCUUUGGAAGCAGAACCCAGGCAGUCACUUCCUUGCCUUGCUGCAAUAGAAGUGCAGCCCGUGUGGUUACCACCACAACUGCGAAAGCGGUUGCCAGCAUCCCAGGUCAGAGCUUGGGGUCUGGGAGAGCAGUGCUGCCAGCCCUUCUUGGGGCUAACUUGGGCUCACCAGCCUUUGUUGCAAGGAAACAAAGCUGCUUCCUUUGACAGCAGUUACUCUGUGGCACAGGGAACGCAGCCAGCCGUGCAAGCCCAGGCAAGACAGGGACGCUCUCAGUAUCCUUUUUCUUACUAGUAUUAUGAGGCUCUACCAGUAACAGAGAGGGACUCUGCUCACAGAAGCUCCUCUGCUUUUGAUCUUGCCCCUUGGUGCAUAGCAUCCCCUUUAAAUUUUUUUAGGGGUCUGUUCUGCCCUGGGGGUUUUUACGUUUUUUGUUACUAUAGUAUCUGAGCACACAGAGUUUCAGCUGCGCAUGGAUUUUCAGAGGAACUCUGAAUUCAGCAUUGGAUUUCUUUCAAAAUCCGGCCUCUAUAAUGGGCUCUGAGCACUAGAAAAUCUGGUCCUAACCUCUUCUGGGAACUCUAGAUUUGAGGUUUCAAUACCUGCCUUACUCUAUCUGCUCGCGCUAGGAGUCUGGUCUCCCUGUCAUUCCUGCAACCCGUGGUAGGGGAGAGCUCCUUGGAAGGCAAGUCAAAGCUCCCGGCUUAGGUGGCUGUUCUGACUUUCCCUCCGAAGGUGCCCGUCUCUUUCUCUAUUAAUUACAGUGACCAGCUGCCUAAAGCGAGACAGUGCAAACAAGUCCCCUUAGUGCCUGCGGGUUUUGUGUGUGCUUGUGGGGCUGGCUGCAAAGCCUUCAAAGUCCACUGAAAGUCUCCAGUCAGGUCUUUGUGGGCCGCUUUCAUGUUAUGCCUGUGAGGAAGGAAAUAGCCCGAGGUCCCUGCAUGGUCUUUGCUUUUGGAAGGUGCACGGCAGUGGCUCUGCAGCGUUGCAGCCCCGGAGCGCGCUGCGUGAAGUGCCUCUCCAGCGCUACCAGGGCGAGAGCUGAGUUUUGUGUCACGCUGAGGCUGGGGUACAGAGGGUCUGGAUUCACUUUUCAACUCAGGUAAAAACAACAAAGGAAAAGGAGAGGUGUAGGUUGUUGGUAGGUGCAGAUCAGCCGGGGAGGGCUUUCCCAUGGCCACAGAAGAUUGCCAUGACUGUGUGCUUCUAGCAGCAGGGAAGAUGCUUUGUUGUAGCUCUCUAUAAGGGUACUUUCUCUCAAAUUUUGCUGCAAAAAUCUAUGUUCUCCCACCUUGAAGUGUGUGGUGCGUGUGCUCCCCUCCUUCCCUCUGCAAGGUAAAGCCCUGCUUUUCUCUUGCUGGUGGAGUGCUGCUCGUCAGGAGGGAAAAGGGGCCUUUCCCUUCUUCUGUGGAACGUCAGUCUGUGCCGACUGUAUUUUGUGUUUAGUUGUGGCGUGUGUCAGAUGUUGCUUGUAGAAAAAAGAAAGAUGCACAGAGGAGAAAACUGCUGCUUCAGAGAAGUCCUGUAAAGUAUGGUAAAGCAGCCUGCAGCAUCGGAGCAAAUCAGUCCUUCUGCAGUACUGGGAUACAGAGGGGGUUAUAGCUACAGAAAUGGGGAAGGGUGGUGUGUGCUGAGCCCUGUGGGUGAGAGGACUGCAGCAGGAGGCAAGAGUAACGGGGAGUCUUUUAUUUCUCGUAUUCCUGAUGAGUGAAGAUGUACCAACAAAGCAGGAAAUUCUUGGAGGCAAUUUUAUGCAUUAAGUCUCCAAAAAGUGCUUGCUCUGCAAGGUGCAGUAGCACAGGGAUCAAAGGCAUUUGAGCUUCAAAUCUGCAAGUUCGCAUGUGAGUUUUUCAUGUUUCCCUAAAGCAGAGUGAGGCUCGUGCCCUCCCAGCCAGACUGUUCCUGUUCAGAGACCUCUGCAGCUCUCUAGGUCUUGGGACAGGUAACAAUUUGACUGCAUAACCUUUUCCAAAAGGGAAGGGAAAGAGCUCUGUCCUCCCCUGUCUGAGGGACAAGAACCAAUAUGUUGACUUAAAUACAGUCUUAACAAGCAACAUCUCUGACACUUUAUCUUUCAAACUUCAGUUUUUCUUUUCUUGGUUUUUAAACAAAAACAGCCAAGAAAAUCUGCACAAUAUUUGCUGUCUGUAUUACCUGAGAGUGUCUUUGGGCCGCUCAAUAGCAGUGUUUUUUGAAUAACUUCUGGGGGAAAACGUAUUUAUUUAUUGAUUGUACAUUACUGUGUGUCCUUGUAUACUGAAUUAUGUGAGUGUGCAUUGUUAUGCAAAUGGAGAUAUAUCUUUUCAAUGUUGCAAACAUAUCUUGUAAAUGUUUACCAAAAAUUGUGUCUAUAUAUAAUAUAUAUAUAUACAGUAGAGAGAAAAUAUGUGAAUUAAGUGGGUUAUUUUUUGAGGGGGGGGAGAAGAAAUCUUUUGCUUUGAAGAACUGUGUGGUUUCUAUAGCACCUAUUCAAUGAUGUGCCAAUCUGUCACUUUCCUGUACUGUGAUAUUGUUCUUUUAUGGCAACAGGAAGCCCAGAGCAGAACCACCGUUGUGACCCCAGCUUGGCUGGGGUUUAGUUCUGAUUUUAGAACUGUGGAAAAGAAACACAGCCUUGAUGUUCCAGCUAUGGUGCUGAGUAAAAUCCACAUGGGCAGACUGCUGCUCGAGCUGUGCAGGGUUUUGUUCAUGCCCAGGGAUCAGCUUGGGUAAGAACAGUUGCAGAGUUGAGGCCUGAUGUGAGCCGCAAAGAAAUUGGAUGGUCCAAAGAAAGUAAUAUGUCAGGCUACAUUUAAAUUGGGACUGAUGUCACUCUGCAGCUGAUCAUACUGUUUUGUUAGGAAGAGAGUAUUGAAUUACCUGCACAGAAUGUUUGUGGAGAUGAUCUGCUCUCUGAACUAGUGUCAAUGCAGAAGUCAGUGUCUGCUGAAGUCAGUGCACCCCUUGCAGUGCUCUAAUGUCGUUCUUGCAAAAGUCAGUGAAAAUGUUCUGCUCCAAAAUGUUCCAGAACUAGAGUCUCUGACCUCAAAGGUCCAGUUUUAUGUUCCUGUGCUCAUGUGAAGCAGAAAACAUGAAUGGUUUUCAGGCCCAGCAUGGAUGGACAGUGCUGUUCUCUGGCUGGUCACCCUGUCACACCCUUGCCGUCCUUGUCGCAUCCAUCCCAUCCAGGCAUGGGAGCAGGUUGGCCAACUGGCCGGCUGCCUGUGGGACAUUAGAAAUAGGUCAUGCUGACAGUGCCUGUGGUCUGAUCUUCCACAGCCUCUGUCCACGUGUGGUCCCAUCUCAGUUGUGAACAUCUUAACCUAAGUAAUAGUUUCUGUGACCAGUGUUGGUAGCAGCUGUGCUCUUUGGUGGCUCUUCUGGGAAAGCAGUUGUCUGUCUGGUAGGUUAACGUGCUCGUGUAGACCCGCAGAGCAGGUGCACACCAGGAGUCUGGGACUCGAGAUCUAUUUGAAAAUUUAAGAAGCUGUUCUUGCUAUCUAAGUGUUCAUAGGCCUUCUCCCGCCUCAGCCUCUUCUGGCCUGACUCUGUAGCUCUGGUGGGCUGCCCUGAGAUGAAAGCACCGCUGAAACCAAGCGCUCUUGGUUCCAGGCAGAAUGAAUCUCCCACGGGCCUGCAGGACCGCACAGAUCUCCUGCUCUUGGCUGCGCAGCCAGAGGAUUGCCUGUUUACUAUGGAGAGAGAAAGCCCUUCACAGGGGAAUGCUUGCCCAUAUACAGUAAUCUUUUCUAGCUUGUUGGGCAAGAGGAAUAUUUUCUCCUAGCAGUUGCACACGGCUGAAAUUCACCCCGUGCAAUGUCAGUACAAGUCUGGUGGCUAUCUUUAGCUGCCUGUUAGCUGUGCGAGCCCAGGGACUCCGGCGUGCUGUGCCUUCUCGCUCGAGGCUGCUGCCUCCUUCCUGUCUGCUGAAGGGAGGUUUGGAUCCCACGUCACCCAGACCUGAGCUCUCCUCCCUGGCUCACUGCGGACUUGAGCUGCACUGAAGGACUGACGCCAUGAGCUAAUCUGUUCAAUUUACAUUGGCUUCUGCAUUGAGCUUUUGCUUCGAGCAUCUGCAGAGGUGUGGGGUUUUUCACUUUAUCUUUUGCUGGAGCUGCUCAGCUCUCAAAUAAUCUUGCCAUGUUUAGAUACAGCGAAUGUUUGAGUUCUGGCCCGGUUUUCUCCUGAGGGAGUUAUUAAUGGAUUUUCUUUGUGCAUUUGAGCUUUCUGCUGAUGCAAUCUGCCAAAUAACUCUUGGUACCCAUUUUUUUAGUGUUACUAAUGUAAACACUUUAGAAGUUGUCUUUGUUCCUGAAUGUGUGAUUUUUAUAGGAGUUUUUCUGUUACUGUAUGGAGUCUGAAUUGCUUUGCUACUAACACUUUUCAUGAAGAUCGAGAGGGUUUUCUGUAUGGGAACUUCUUGCUGCCACACUGUUCUGCUCUCACCUAGCCUCUUAUUUUUUGGACAGCUCUUAACAUAUCAAAAUACAGCUUUUAUUGUAGCUAAAGCCAGCAACUGAAACGCAGGUAUCUGCAAUCAUUUUCACUGAUAAUUUAAAAAAUAUAUCAAGAGAAGCAAUUAUUCCUGAUGUGGCAGCUUAGGAUCUGAGUUCUGCUGGGAAUCCAUCUAUGGACAAGCUGAGAGCCCGUCCCUUGUCCCACGCUGGAGGCACGAGCCUUGAGGCAGGCUGGUGGCCAAGAGCAAAUUCAUAGGAUGAGAUUCUUUGUUUUGUUUUGUUUUGUUUUGUUUAAUUGGGAUGUCUGGCCUACCUUUCUUUCUCUAUUUAUUUUGAUCAGUUGGAUAAUUCACUGCACUGGAAGCCACUGUGGCAAACAGUCCUGAAAAUAGAUAUGGGCUCAGUUUAAAGAUUCUCAUCACAUAAGCUUUGCUUUAAAAAAAUCUUAAAAUACAGUAAAUUGCUGCUCUGUACUGUGGCAUUCGUGGUCAGCUGCUGGUAGGCUCUGAGCCGGUUCCUCGAUGGGACCAGAGUGAUUGUUAUUUCAUCAGUACAUUUGUCAGAUGUUUUUGCUCAGUAAAUAACCUGCUUAGGAAUUUUCACCAGUAGCAAGUGGUUCCAGGCACAUUUUCUGGAUUUCAGUGUUGCUUGAGCACAAAUCGAUAGCAAAAGAGCACAACUUACAGAUGAAGUGACAGUUUUCUAGCAAUAUGGGAAUGUUGUAACUUUUACUAGACUCAGUUCUCAAACUCUAUUUCAGAUGCCCUAAAGCAGAUAGAAAUGCCAUUUACUGUUGCCUGCUAUUCCAGGCACUCAGAUGACUUCCACUCGAGGUCGUUAUCCUUGUUGCCUGCCAUGAAGAAAACGCGCAUCAGUGACCGAGGUACUCGAAGCCUCUGCAGUCCCCCGUUAGGUUCACCGCAGUUUCAUGAUUAGCUUCAUUCAUUAGUUUCAUGGUGGCAGCAUGGGCCAGAGCUAAGGCUGUUUCCGUGCCGCAGCUGUGCUUUUUUACAGCUUAGUGCUCGGAUUUCUUCUCAACGUCAUCAGAAUCCUGAAUUUCCUGGGCAAUGUGUGUUCUCGAAAUAGCCGUGUCAUUCUUUUAACGUGUAUCUAAUCUUAGCCCAGCGAUAAGCACAUUCAACCUUUAAUUCCAGGUCAGUGGUUUAACAACUUCCUUUUCCUGAUUGAUUUUGUGCACCGGGGAGCCCUGGGAGCGCUGCGGGGACCUGCCUCCCGGGUCGCUUGGCGGCGGGGAGGGACCGCUCUGAGCCGGGCACCUUCCCUGGGCGGCUGCCGCUCGGAGCCGUGGGAGGGGGAAAGCCACUUCCAUUAGCUUUUGUGUAGGAACCAAAAAAUGCUAAAUGGGGAAACUUCUGGUAAAAGGAAAAAAGCACCAUUUAUCUUUUUUUUUUUUUUUUUUUUUUUUUUGUUAAUCUGCUAGAAUUUAAACUAUGCACAAAAUCUCAAAAAAUACCUGCAAGUUUUAAGAAUCCGUGUUGCUUCACUGCUAAGGAAGAUAACGAAUUAAAAAUCUUGAUACUGGAUAUUGAGAUGCUUAAAUUUGGUUUUCAUGACUACAUAAGCUGAUCUACUUCAAUUCUCAGAACUUCAGUCUCUCCUUGGAGAGUAAUUCCCGGGAGCCAGGGAGGAGAAAGCUGUUCUUCGUAAGCAGAAUUAAUCUAAAACUUUGUUGAAAGUCCACCUCAAACGUAGCCUUAGGCCCGUAAUUUCACUUCCCUCGUGCUAAAACGUGUUGCGGGGAGCUCGGCAGGGAGAGCGGGGAGCGCUGGACCAUCGCCCUGCCGCAAGCGCUGUGCAGGGCUGGGAAUGUGUUUCGUGUACUGGCGUUAGACUUUUAUGUUGCCCUGCACCGAAUUGCUGCUUUUACAUGUUGGAUGCCAUUUUGGUCUCUGGGAGUUGCUCUGAGAUUAAUGAGCACUAUAGCUUUUAAUAUAUUUGUAGAAGUGCUGCUAAUGUUCUUAGAUUAUUUGAAGUCCCCACUGUGGUAUAAUAUCUGUUUUAUAUUUUAUUCAUGCUUUUGUUUUUUUAUGUAAACAGUUCCUUAUUGUUGUUCUGAAAGAAAAACAAAAGCUCUAUUCUCUAUGGUUAAUGUAUUUUCAAAUCAAUAAAAUCCUGGUUGUUCUAAA